AGUAAUACGUGAAUUACAAUGAGUUUAAUUCAUUUUAAUUCAUUUAAUCAUUUAUACUUUACAUUUCUUGGUCAUUAAAGAUUCCACAAUAACGUAUUUGUUUAACCGAACGAGCAUUAUUUAUCAAAAGAAUGACCCUGAAUCUCUGUAAAUUAAAUUUAGUAAUGUGCUUAUAAUGUGUUUAAUUAUAUUCAGCAAAAAAUUGUAAUUAUUGUUUACAAUGGAAGAUAGCCAAACAAUAAUUGUAAAUAAUGAUCAUAAUGUUGAACGAGCUCACAAUAGCUCAACUACAGAAGCUUCAAGUACAGCCAGUGAUUCACCAACCCCAACAAAUAGUGUUCAAGAUAAGAAUUGGACACAAUGGCGUGGGCCUGUGUGGGGUGAUGAACAACUCCAAUUAUUAGGCACAGAAGAAGAAGCAGACUCGUCUGAUUGUGAAACAGUUUCAACAGCUAAUUAUGUUGGAGUGUGGAGUAUGAAUGAAGAACAAAGUAAAUACUAUGAAGAACAGUUUGCCUCAUUACAACCUAAUCCAAAAGCUGUUUUAGCUGGUUCAGUUGCUAGGAGUUUUUUUGAAAAAUCUCGUUUACCAUUACAUGAGCUUAAAGAAAUUUGGCAAUUAUCAGAUGUAACAAAAGAUGGUGCACUAUCAUUAAGUGAAUUCAAAUUAGCCAUGCAUUUAGUAGUACUUAGGCGUAAUAACAUUCCUCUUCCAAAGAAAUUACCUCCUUCAUUAUUACCAUCUCUUUCCUCUCCAAUAAAAAAUGAUGUAGCAACUACAAAUAUUGUUUCACCAACAAAUAGCAUCAAAAGUAAAGAGUGGACAAAGUUUGUGGAUUCUCCUACAAGCUCUUUAUCAUCACCUGGACCAAAACCUGUGAAUUUUGACUUUCAAAAAUCUUCAGUUGAACAAGAUCCCAAAAUUUUGCAUCCAGUCGCUUUAAGAGUUACUCCUGGUAUUGACAGUUGUGUUGAAAACCAAGAAGUAGAGUUGCAGUCUAUGAAUAAUGAGGAAAUGUUGUUAAUUAAAUCUAUUCAAAGACCACAAGCCAAAAAACCAAGCCAUAUUGGUCCAGGAGCAAUACCUCCUCCUCCUUUGCCUACUUUUUGCGGUGAUGAUAUAAACACAGGACCUGCUAGUUUACCAGUGAUAGCAGCAAAAAAAGAACCUCCUCCUCCACCACCACCACGACCACACCGAGCACAUAUACGUAGUUCCUCUCUUGAUCUCAAUAAAUUUGGAAAAAUUGGAGCAGUUAAUCAUACUCAAGAACCACCAGUUGUCCCGCCUAGAAUAACUCCUAGUCCAAACACAAAUAGUGAAAUAAAUGGAUUAAGACAAAAAAAUGAUAAAACAGAUUCUGGCCAAUUUGCUGACUUUGCUCAGUGUCCUGGAGCUUUUCAAGUUUAUAAAAAGCCACUUUCUGAAUUUCAAAGUAAUGAUAAUUCAUCUACAAAUGGAUUGGAAGUCUUAGGUUCUCGGACUUUGGAAAAUAAUAUGUUUAACAAGUUAGAAGAGAGAAAUGCACAUUUGCGUUUAGUUUGUCAAGAACUACAACAGCAGUUGAACGACCUACGAGAAGAACGUGCUGGAUUACAAUUACUUUUAGAUACAGCUCAUAAAUCAUCACCUCCCUCUUAUUAACUGGGUAUUUUUAUUGCUAGUUAACUGUCAACACAACUUUCUUUGAGUAAUUAUUAAGAUAAUUUUCUAAUUAAAUAUGUAAUGUAACACCCAUCAAAAUAUUUUUUCAUAUCAUUAAAGAUACUCGUUUUAUUUAUUA